AUGAAUCCGGAGAAUUAUGUGGUUGUAGCACUUUACGGUCGCUUUUUCAUGUUGGCUUUCAUCAAGGCAGGCCAGAACAAUUGGACUUACCCCAUCCCAACUGGUGAAUUUGAUGAUGUUAUAUUCUAUAAAAGCAAAGUGUAUGCACUUGAAACCUAUGGAGAGAUUGAGUCAUUGGAUGUUUUUAGCAGUGACUCGCCACGGCUAAAGCUAUGCACACCUUAUAAACCAUUCCCAUCUUGUAAAUUUUUGCAUGCAUAUCUUGUGGAAUCAACUAAGGGAGACUUGUUGCAUAUCCUAAGAUUUUAUGCGUCAAGUGACGGUCAUUUCAGGUAUGAUGCUAGGCAGCAGACUACACACUUCAUCGUUUACAAGUGGGUGUAUGAAGAUGGAGGAUCUAUUGGGCACAAGGUUGAGGUGAAAAGCAUUGGAGAUGAGGCUCUGUUCGUGGGUGGCAAUCACUCAAUCUCUGUUUUAGCUUCAAAGUUUCCUGAAUGCCAAUUAAAUUCUAUAUAUUACACCGAUGAUUACUUUUCAAAUUGGCCAACAUUACACAGUGAUGAACCAUUUGAUAUGGGUAUCUUCAACUUGGAGGACGGAACCAUCACACAACAUUACUCUCCACACUCCAAUUCUCAAAGAGCAAUUUGGGUUGUGCCACUGUUUAAUGGACUAUGA